AGAAAAGAUUGAAAUGCCUUUCCUAGUUCCACCAUUUUUAGGGGAGAAGGAAAAUGUCCGCCGCCUUGCUCCGCCAUAGCUCAGAACCCAGAAUACACCAAUCACGGCGUCGUCUCAGCUCUCCGGCUCUUAAAAUUCAACUCCGAGCGCCGUCCGCGAGGGCAUAGGUAUCAUUAUCAGCAAUGGCCAACACCUGCUUUUGCAGAUUCAGUUUAAUCUCCAACACUCUUGUUCCCCUUCCCUGCAAAAGAAAGUCCAGAAUCAUUUUCUCGACAAUAUUUUCGACGUGCGCGUCGACAAGCUUGUCCACAAGUGUAAGUCUAGUCCAUCCUUGCCCGUCAUUGCUUUUGACGGGCAACAUAUCUCCACCUAAUGCCCCACAACGGUCCGAGGAGUGGUUUGCCCUUCGUAAGGACAAGUUGACCACGAGCACCUUUAGCACCGCAUUGGGACUAUGGAAAGGGAAGCGCCGGUACGAACUUUGGCAAGAGAAAGUGUUUGUGCUCGAUGGCCAUCAUCCACCACCCUUGGAGUCCCCUAGUAAAUGUGCCAUGGAGUGGGGUUCUCUCAUGGAAGAAGUGGCUAUCGAGCAAUACAAGAGCAUCACGAGACGCGAGGUGAGCUCAUUGGGGUUUGCAUUGCAUUCGGAUGAUAAGUAUGAUUGGAUCGGGGCAUCUCCAGACGGACUCUUACAAGAAGAAGGUGGAGGAGGAGGAGGAGGGAUUCUGGAGGUGAAGUGCCCUUACAACAAGGGGAAGCCUGAAGAGGGGCUCCCGUGGUCGACCAUGCCUUUUUACUAUAUGCCUCAAGUGCAAGGACAAAUGGAAAUCAUGAACCGAGAUUGGGUGGAUUUGUAUUGUUGGACACCAAACGGGAGCACGAUAUUUCGCGUGGGUAGAGAUCGCGAGUAUUGGGAGUUGAUGCACGGGAUAUUGUGGGAGUUUUGGUGGAAGAACGUGGUUCCAGCUAGAGAGGCAUUGUUAUUAGGGAGAGAGGAGGAGGCGAAAUCGUAUGUUCCAACGUCUACACAUCAAAAGACUGGAUUUGUGAUCGCUAGAAGCUUGAAGUUGGCCAAAGAGGCUAGAUUGUGGUGCAGGGAUAUUGCUGGUCACACCGAGUUCCACCAAUGAUUCACACUCAGCCCUUAACGGUGUGAAGAGUGGAUUGGAUUAUCAAUCACAUUGUUCAUGCCGGGGUAGAGAGAUAGAAGCUUCGUUUGGGAAUAGCGUUUUGGGUUAUUUUUUAAUGGUCCAGAUUGACGUGGAAAACGCUGACGCUUAAAGCUACUGUUGGGUAACAUUUGCAAAACCCCAAAGCUAAACUCUCAAGCUAAUGCCAAACAAUGCCAGAGAUUUGUUUGCACUACAUGGCUAUUUUCUUGCUUUGUUUCUUAGCUAUAUUCAUUUCCCUCAUGUGCCUGAUUAUAAAUGGCUGUAGAAUUAAGCAAUUCAGUAUUUUUGGCUUAGAAAUGGAUGUAGAACCAAGCGUUUCGGUAUUUUUAA